UCGUUCGACAAACACGGAAGCGUAGACCGAAUCACAGCCAUGGCGCUAUACCGCACGUUUUCUACACGUUCCGUACCUUCAGUAUAAGUUGAAUGUAUUUCGAUAAACGUCUAACCUUUCGGUUAGACACUUGGCUUGAGCCACCUUGCGGGCACCCGUAGUUUACGGUGCGUGCGUAGCGGUGAUAUGCACCGCGAGCAUCCUAGCUAAAUCGCAUACUAACUUCAUGAAGGUUGUUGUUGUCGCUGUCACGUGUGACUUUCAUAGUUUACACCGGCAGAAAGUCCCUCAGACAUGGCAGCUUCGCCUGGUUUUGAGCAAGGAACAACAGGGAAAUAACUGGGAAAAGGGAAAUGUCAUUUGCUAACCUUUUCACCAAGCUGGGCGCUCUCGGUGAAGAUGUGAGCCGUCGCUGUGAGGCUGCCCCGCCACACAGAGUGUCCGGGGAGCAGAAGGAGAACGUUACAGGCGGCUGUGCCAGAAAGCGGAAAGCGUGCGGUGAACAGCUCAGUGGUGCUCACACCAAGAGACAGAGACAGAAGGACACUUUCCAAGCCAAAACGACAGAGACUUGGCAGGAUCCCGAGUUCUCCAGCAGGUGUGGCUCUAAUGCCAAAGAUUACCAUGUGGAGAAGUCUGGCCAUGAGCAUGCAAGUGCUGGCUUCACCAAAGAACCGGACCUUAGUAGCCACGGUGGUCCACCAAAGCAGAAUAAAGCCAAAACAAACAAUAACAAUAAUGUUAAGCAGCAGCAACAGAAGAAGAAGAAGAAUAGGAAGAAUCAGAAUUGGCAGGGUGGCACAGGAAGGCCUGGCAAAGGAGGGUGCCGUCAGUCCAACCGUAACUCAGAGAAACGCAGCGGAUGGAAAACAGACGCAGGAGGGAAGCAGGACGUCCUUGUAAAAAAGAAGAGGUUAAUGACCGCCGAGUUCAAGGAGCAGAAUGCCUUGAUGGUGGAUGGAAGAUUACUUUGUCGACAUUUCCUUUGGGGGCGAUGCAUUAAGGGUGAUGACUGCCAGCUGGAACACGUUAAAGGUUACAACAAUCUCAUCAAAGAAGUGUGCAAGUUCUACAUCCAGGGAUUCUGCACAAAAGGAGAAAGCUGCCCAUACAUGCACAAUACCUUCCCCUGCAAGUUUUUCCAUACAAGAGGAAAGUGUGCUCAAGGAGGCCAAUGCAAGUUUUCCCAUGAGCCUCUUACUGAUCUCACAAAAGAGCUCCUGGAAGCGGUGUUAAAAAGGGACAAGGAACUUGCCAAGAAAGCUGAACAGGGAGCCUCAGGCCAACCAGAGGACACAGAGGAGUCAGCUCUUACCGAGGAGAACACGACUCCUGACGUACUGAUGAAUCCCAUCAGACCUAAUUUUUACAACAGCUCAUGUCCAUCAGUGCCUCAUGCUGAGAACGAAGCAACUGUAUGUCAGGCUGAGGGACUGGCUGAUGAUAUGGAAGAUCCUGUACCACAUGCAACAGAUACUGCCCCGUCUCACAGCCCCCCCUCAAGUGACCUCAUCCACAAGGAGUCCGUUUCUUACUCAGUAGAGGCAGUGCUUGGGUCUCAAAGGUCCAAACCCUUCCCCAGUCUCUUUGGAACCUCUGCAAGCCAAGAAUCUACCUCCCUUCCCACCCCACAGAGUCCCCUCGAUGCUCCUUCAAGCUCUGCAGACCACAUUGAUGCUCCGUACUCUGUUGAUGCUGUUCUUGGCUCUAGUAAGGUAGCUUUUAGCCACUUGUCUACCCCGUUCUCUGCACAGUCCACAUGCUCUACCCCAAAACCUCCCUCAAGCUCAGCAAACCAAAAUGAAGUGGUCUCAUGUUUAGUAAACACUGCCAGUGAAUCAGACAAAUCCCUAGAAAAAAAUGUCAAGAGUUUGUUAUCUGGUCCACUGCGUGCCUGCCAGAUCUCAACUGUGAGUAUGUCUGCAAAGACCUGCAAUGAUCUUGCACAAUUUAGGGUGACACCUGAGACCCAGAAACCUGCUGUAAGAGCUUCCCAUGUGGUGAAGCUGGAUUCGUUGCCUCCCUUUGGAUUGGAAGAGACCAAAACAGAUGUGAAAGGAGCUCCCAGUGUUCUCAUUUCUCCCCAUCCUCCUACAAAAGGCAACAGGCACCUGCCUAGGGAUGUAACCUCACUGCAAGACUCAGCACAGUCCCAGAGGCCCCAAAAUAUUGUGUCAGGCUCUGAAGGCAGUAAAAGUGAAGGUGUUAUUCCUUUUGGACCAACUAAACCUACACAGGGAGCGUUCCACGGCCUCUUUUCUAACCCCCUUACUCAGACAUCUGCUCCUAAAUGCCCCACGCGGCUAAAGUCACGUUCCUCCAGUGCGCCCUCUGGCUCACAGGGCUCAGUGCGGUCUCCUCAUCCCCUCUCCACAGGUGGAGCUGCUGUUUCUGCCGACCUUGUUUCCAGCUACAAAAAUAACCGUGUUUUUGUGAACUCUCUCACUCAUGAAUUGCAAUGUAAAGAACCCACUGACAUCAAACAUCGUUCCCAAGGGGCAAAAGAUGGCACGCAGCCCCACAAUUAUACUGAAGCCUGCCGCAGUAAAAUGGAACAUACUGUUGAUUCAGCGGUGACUACGACUGUGAAAAGACCCUUUCACAGGCUUUUCGCAAGCCCUAUCACCAACAACUUUGAGCAGGUACCUUGCUUGCAGGCUGCACCAGAUUCGAUAAUGACUUCCAGUUCUCCUCUGGACUCUGGUCAGUUUUCGCAUCCUGCUACAAGUGCUACAGACUCCAGAGGAGAGGAUAUUCCUGUCAAAACUGCAGCUGAACCUGGCAGGGCCACUGCAGUAUCCUUCCGCAGCCUUUUUGCAAGCCCCAUCAGUGAGACUGCUGGCCCCCUACUGUGCACACAGUCUGAGCCUGAUUCCUCCAGUCCUCGAGAGCCAGACCAGUCAGCCAAGUCUGCGUCCGGUUCAACAGGCUGCAGCAGAAGAGCCUCUGAUUUUGGAACAUCUUUUUCACAAGGCCUGUUUUCAGGUAAUAUCCUCACUGAGGUUCCUGCUGUGCCCACAUCGCCUGAUUUGCCCUCACAACCUAAAAGGACAAAUGGAAGCAGUUCAUAUUCAGCUGAGAGCAUUAAUCAAUCCCCAAAGCACUUGGUGAAUCCUGCCUGCAGCCGUAUGUUCAGUUCUGUCAGUGAUGCCAGUCCAGAUCCCUCCAUAGCCCAGGCUCAGCAGCAGCUCUCUGAUGUCUCAUCCCACAGAGGAUCUUCAACAGCAGGCACUGCUCAGUCCAUUCUGAAAACCCUCUUUGUGUCACUGAGUCCGUUUCAAGACGACGGGCAGCAACAAAGAAAUGCUGACAUCCCUUCAGAAAGUAAAAACAAGCACAAAAGCAGCACUGGGUGUGUCCACACAGAACAACAGCUGAUAAGACAGAAGACAGACGAGGUGAAAACAGUGAAAAAGGAACUGGGGGAGGACGCUUAUCGUCAGCUCAAGGAAUCCUGCAGACAUUCUGCUGAGAAAAACGAACCCCGCCCCGUUACAGAGGAGCGUCGCAUCUCUCCUCAAAACUGUCAUAUGUCCCUUGAGAGAAGACGCGGGUCAACCUCCACCAGUCCGGGUAUGAGUCAAGCCCAGGUGAGCACCUCUGGCAUGCACAACCUGCCUGUCAAGCCAAUGGCAUCGCUGACGCAACCUUGCACGAGCCUUCCAAUGAAGCAAACCUCCAGACACAAGAAGUGUGUGAGAGGGAACGUCAGGGUCGCACCAGUGAAGGACCUUUUUAAGACUUUAGACCCCACUGCUUCCCCCUUUGGACAUUAACACUGAAAUAACUCUUACAACUCUUGCGUUGCACAUAUGACAUUUUAGUUAUAGAAUAGAUAGAACUAUUACUAUAACUAUAACUUGUACACUGGUAUUUGAAAUGUGAAAAUUAAUGUAUGAUUCAAUAACCAAGGUGUUCAACUUUUGCUUCUUAACUGAAACAUUUCUUUAUUCACUUUGCAUCAGGAGCUCUUAGUCUGAAUCUACAAACAUUUCAGUCCUGAUUAUAAAGAGAUGCAUAUUUUAGCCAAACAUGUAUUUUAUAUAACAUUAGGUAAUAAAUCAUGUAUAUAAUAGUGGCUGAACUCAAUGAGGGAAACUGGAGUGGCCAUGCCCUCAGUGGGCAAACAAGCAUGUAAGUGAGAAACCACUUGUUCCUCUUUUCUCUGUAACUGUGGUUGGACUGUAGAAAUUGAAUUAUACAAACACUGUUUUGGUACAUUAAGCUGUCCUUGGAGGAUAAGUGCUAGUUGUUUGGGUUUUUUCCAUUUGAAUCAAGUAGAGGAUUAUCUCAGAGUCCGAGCAUGUUGUUUGGAAAGCUGCCUGUAAUACUUUUUCUGUCUUAAAAAAAAUGCACCCUCAUUCAAAUACAUGUUUUCAUUACUGUGUUAAAGAUUUUUUUUUUUUUUAGCUAACUGUGUUGCUCCUUUCUGCAUUUUAAGUUGUUUGGUGUGAAAGAGAAUUUGAUCAAAAUGAUUUCUGUGCUAAAAAUCCCUCUUGGUUUACCUAACAAAUAAACAUACAAAUACA